AUGUUUCAAGUACAAACUGAAUCUUUAAUCUCUGACUUAACACAAGCAAUGAUUAACGAUUUUACCUUAUCACUUUCAACAAUAAGAAAAACAACUCAAAGUAAUGCUUUACUCUCUGGACAACUAACUAAUUAUGCACUUUACCAAUUAAGCGGUAGUAUUUAUACAAAUGCAGCUCCAUAUGAGUAUGGUGAUUGUAGUUGUGGAUCUUCAGCUACAUGCAUAUCUCAAUCUAGCAUUAUAGAAAUUUAUAGUAAUAUAGUAUAUUUGUACGUGCCAGGUAUUUAUACUGGAUGUUAUGUAAUUGA